AUGCGGGUGGGAACCCCAGUGAAGAAACCAUCAGGCAAGCCGAAAUUCGCUAAGGCACUGCAGGCAACCCCGGAGGAAACCAAGGACGGCACCAGCGAGGAUGAAAGCCCCAAGCCGGCAGGAAAAGACCAGAAAAAGAAAGAUGUGGGGUUGAGGCUUUGUACUGACUAUAGGGGCUUGAAUGCUGUUUCGUCUACCAAUGCCUACCCCAUGCCGCUCAUCAAAGACUUGUUGACCGAGGCGUCUAAAGGGAAAAUCUUCUCCAAAUUGGAUCUCCAAGAUGCGCAGGCGUCGACCAGGCCUCAGCCAGACCGCCCCCCGUCUCACCUGCCGAAACUUCCUCCGUCUCACCGGCAAAUGCUCAACCGCGGCGCCGGCGUCUGCCCCUACAGGACCAAUAAAGGCCGGGACAUAAAAACGAUAAAGUCUCUUCGGGUGCUGCGAGUCUUGAGGCCUUUGAAGACCAUCAAGCGGCUGCCCAAACUCAAGGCUGUAUUUGACUGCGUUGUAACAUCACUGAAGAACGUCUUCAACAUCCUCAUCGUGUACAAGCUCUUCAUGUUCAUCUUUGCUGUCAUCGCCGUCCAGCUGUUCAAGGGCAAAUUCUUCUACUGUACAGACAGCUCAAAGGAUACGGAGAAAGACUGCAUAGGCAACUAUGUGGACCAUGAGAAAAACACGAUGGAGGUAAAGUGUCGAGAAUGGAAGCGCCACGAGUUCCACUACGACAAUAUCAUUUGGGCUUUGCUGACACUCUUUACGGUCUCCACUGGAGAAGGAUGGCCACAGGUCUUGCAACAUUCAGUGGAUGUGACCGAGGAGGACCGUGGCCCUAGCCGCAGCAACCGCAUGGAGAUGUCCAUUUUUUACGUGGUGUAUUUUGUCGUCUUUCCUUUUUUCUUUGUGAACAUCUUUGUGGCUCUCAUCAUCAUCACUUUCCAGGAACAAGGGGACAAGAUGAUGGAGGAGUGCAGUUUGGAGAAGAAUGAGCGAGCAUGUAUUGAUUUUGCUAUCAGCGCCAAACCCCUCACCCGCUACAUGCCUCAAAACCGACACACCUUUCAGUACCGAGUCUGGCACUUUGUGGUCUCCCCAUCAUUUGAAUACACCAUCAUGGCCAUGAUUGCACUUAAUACUGUGGUCCUAAUGAUGAAGUACUAUUCUGCACCCUACACAUACGAACUGGCUCUGAAGUACCUGAAUAUUGCUUUUACCAUGGUUUUCUCACUGGAAUGUUUCCUGAAAAUUAUAGCUUUUGGCCUCCUGAACUAUUUCCGCGAUACCUGGAACAUCUUCGAUUUCAUCACCGUGAUUGGCAGCAUUACGGAAAUUAUCUUGACAGACAGCAAGUUGGUAAAUACCAGCUUCAAUAUGAGCUUUCUGAAACUGUUCCGUGCGGCACGUCUCAUCAAACUGCUUCGUCAGGGUUACACCAUUCGGAUUCUGCUGUGGACCUUUGUACAGUCGUUCAAGGCACUCCCAUACGUCUGUCUCCUGAUUGCAAUGCUUUUCUUCAUCUACGCCAUCAUUGGGAUGCAGGUCUUUGGAAAUAUCAAAUUGGAUGAAGAGAGCCACAUUAACCGUCACAACAACUUCCGCAGCUUCCUGGGUUCACUCAUGCUUCUCUUCAGGAGUGCCACGGGGGAAGCGUGGCAGGAGAUCAUGCUUUCUUGCCUGGAAGGUAAAGGAUGUGAGCCAGACACCACGGCGACUUCUGGGCAGAAUGAGAAUGAGCGGUGUGGCACAGAACUGGCGUACGUUUACUUUGUCUCCUUCAUCUUCUUCUGCUCCUUCUUGAUGCUCAAUCUCUUUGUGGCUGUCAUCAUGGACAAUUUUGAAUACCUGACUCGUGAUUCCUCCAUCUUGGGACCCCAUCAUCUUGAUGAAUUUGUCCGGAUUUGGGCAGAGUAUGACAGAGCUGCGUGUGGCCGCAUCCAUUACACUGAGAUGUAUGAAAUGCUGACCCUCAUGUCCCCACCACUAGGCCUCGGCAAGAGAUGUCCCUCCAAAGUUGCCUAUAAGAGACUGGUCCUGAUGAACAUGCCCGUGGCGGAGGACAACACCGUCCACUUCACCUCCACUCUGAUGGCCCUGAUCCGAACAGCUUUGGACAUCAAGAUUGCGAAAGGUGGUGCAGACUGGCAGCAGUUGGACUCUGAGCUCCAGAAGGAGAUUCUGACCAUCUGGCCUCACCUUUCACAGAAGAUGCUCGAUUUGUUGGUGCCCAUGCCAAAAACAACGGACCUGACCGUUGGCAAAAUCUACGCAGCCAUGAUGAUAAUGGACUAUUACAAGCAGAGUAAAGCUAAGAAGCAAAGGCAGCAGCUGGAAGAACAGAAAAAUGCCCCAAUGUUCCAGCGGAUGGAGCCGUCCUCUCUUCCUCAGGAGAUCAUUUCUAAUGCCAAAGCUUUGCCUUACCUCCAGCAGGAUACGCUUUCAGGCCUGAGCAGCCGGAGCGGCUUCCCCUCCCUGAGUCCUCUCUCUCCCCAGGAGAUAUUCCAGUUGGCUUGCAUGGAUCCAACCCACGGGGAAUACCAGGAGCAGCAGUCUUUGGAGCCAGAGGUUAGAGAGUUUAAAAGAGUGCAGCCCUCUAACCGUGGCAGCCACCUCCCCGUGGACACUCAGGAACGAGCUGUAUCUGGGAGGGCCUCCUCCAUGCCACGCCUGACUGUGGAUCCCCCCCAGGUGGUCACAGAUCCUGGCUCCAUGAGGCGCUCGUUUUCUACCAUCCGAGACAAACGGACUAACACUUCCUGGUUAGACGAGUUCUCCAUGGAAAAAAGCAGUGAAAACACCUACAAGUCCCGACGGCGUAGCUACCAUUCUGCGCUACACCUGUCUUCGCGACGCCUCAACACAGACUCAGGCCACCGAUCCGACACGCAUCGGUCCGGAGGCAGAGAGCGAGGACGCUCCAAGGAACGCAAGCACCUGCUCUCCCCAGACAUCUCCCGUUGCAACUCAGAGGAAAGGAGUCCGCAGGCAGAUGGCGACUCUCCAGAACGACGUCAGUCCAGGUCGCCUAGUGAGGGCAGGUCACAGACGCCGAACAGACAGGGUACGGGCUCCUUGAGCGAAAGCUCCAUCCCUUCCAUAUCUGACACCAGCACGCCAAGGCGAAGCCGCCGCCAGCUCCCUCCAGUGCCACCAAAGCCGCGCCCCCUCAUCUCCUACUCCGCCAUGAUGCAGCACUGCGGUGACGCCUCCCCGCCCCCCGAUGACAGCGAGGGUGGCUCCCCUUUGCUUUCUGGGGCUCUGGAGACCAACAACGCCUGCUUGACUGAGUCUUCCAGCUCCCCGCAGGGAAAGCAGGGCCUCCUCUCCACCCCGCAGCGCUACAUCUCGGAGCCGUACCUGAUGCUCCAGGACGACUCCCACGCCUCAGACUGUGGUGAGGAGGAGACGCUCACCUUCGAGGCGGCUGUGGCCACCAGCCUGGGCCGCUCCAACACGAUCGCGGUGGGGCCCCGCUCGGGGCACAGCUGGCAGAUGCCCAACGGGCACUACCGGAGAAGGAGGAGAGGGGUGCCGCAGGGGGUGAUGUCGAUGGCGGGCAUCGACGUACUUAGCGAUACGGAAGAAGACGACAAGUGCUAA